AUGACAGAAAUGGAAAUCGACAUGAGCCUGUUCACAAGUGGCGAAGAACAACAUACAAAAUCAAACUGUGUAAAUGACGAGCAAGAAUUUAUAGAUAAAUCAAGAGAUGUUUAUCAAAGAACUACUUGGGAUAAAUUACAUAUGUCAAUUGUAUACUUAUUAUGCAAAGUCAAUGGUAUUAAUAUUGGAACUGUAAAAAAAGAAUUACUUAAACAAAAUAUUUUAAGAGGUCAAAAUUUGUUUUGUAAUUUUAUUAUCCAAGCACAACUAACUUCAUGUUCCAACGAUACACAUGUUUAUGCAACUUUGGUUGCUGUCAUAAACCUUGUAUUUCCAGAGAUAGGAGAAUUAGUCUUAAACAGGAUUAUUAUGAAAUUCAAAUGUGCCUUUUUUCAAUAUGAAGAAACUGAUGCUUUAGCAUCUGCGGUGUUCAUUGGACAUUUGAUUAAUCAUAAUGUUGCUGAUGAAAAGUUAGCUGUAGAACUAUUAACUCUUCUUUUAAAAGAACCGUCUAUUUUUUCUAUUGAAAUAGCUAUUGCAUUUUUGGAAAUAUGUAGUAAAAGAGUUAGUGAAGUCUUUAAAAUGUAUUUGAAUAAUAUAUUUGAUACAAUUCAUAGCUUAUUGGAUGAUGAACAACUUGAUGAAGAGGUUUGCAAUGUUUUAAGUUUGAGACUAUCAGUAUUAUAUGAAAAUGGAUUCAAGUUUAAACAUCUUGAUUUACUACCAACUAAUGACUGUCAAAUCACUCAUUUUUCAACUUUUGACUCGAUUGUAGAUGAUACAUUAAUUAAAAUAGAGUACGAAUAUGAUCCGGAAUUUGAAACAAAUGAAAAACUUUAUAAAAUGUUGGUAUCACAAUUCCAAGAAGAUGAUGAUGAAGAAGAUGAUGAUGAAGAAGAUGAUGAUGAAGAAGAAAAUGGAUUUGAAUCUGUAAAUAAGUUUUAUAAUCAAUAUGAUGGUGAAAAAAAAUUGAUUGGAAUGAUAAAAUAUAUUAAUGAUAUAGGAAAAGACAUAAAUAUGAUAUCUUUAAGAAAUAUAUGUCUAAGAGAAGUUAUAAACUUAAUUGUAGACACGCCAAUGGAUUAUAAAAAAUAUUUAAAGGAAUUUAUUUUACCUGAUCAAGAAAUGGAAUUUUGUUUUAUGAUUUUGGACUGUUGCUGUGAACGUAGAACAUAUAAAGAUAAUUUUGGACUUCUAGCUAAAAAAUACAAGUUAUUUUUUGAUUUAAUGGAAAUUAUGUUUAUUCACUGCUUUGUAACAAGCUACAAUUUUGAUAUACAAAAAUCAUACAAUACUGCCAAAUUUUUUGCUCAUAUAAUUAAAAUUGGUUUAAUACCAUACAAGUUCAUAUCAAUAAUUGAAGAUAAAUCAAAUUGUCCUAACGAAGAUUAUGCUAAAAUUUUGCAUCAAGAAAUACAUAAAACACUUUAUCAUAACAACUGUAAGUAA